AUGUAUUUCACAGUCAAAUGUUCUAUGUUGUGCCCUUCAAAGUCGACCGACGUUUCGACCAUCAAGAAAGAUCAGAUAAGCGAGAACAAUCCGAGUCCAAAGCCUAUUAUAGAGGCGGAUCGGUCUCACCCUCGUCUAGUUGAUGAAAGACGUUCCUCAAAGGAGGGGCAUCAUCAAACGGUCGGUCCUGCGUGGACUAUCCCACCGGCCAGUGGGCCCUUAGCAGUUCAAACUGGAGUCUCCGAUGUUAGCUGCAUCGAAGACUUGAUGUUGCUUGAAAGUGGCUCGGAAGGACACCGAGUAAACUUCUUAUCCACAGUGUGUGGUAAAGUUGCAAGUUUUUUAUUAGAUACCGGCGGAAGAGACCGUUAUGUCUCAAGCGCUUUUGUGAAGAAGCACGGGCUCGUCACGACAUUUGUACGGGAAACAAACUGGUCAACCGGGGCAUGGCGUAUCUGUGAUGAACACGGAAGAGAGGCCGCGUUUUACCCGAGCCGACUAGCGGCUCCUUCAGGAGCUAUCCAUCAGUUGAGUGUGAUUGACCAUGGUGAUAGUGACCUGCAAGAGGUAUCUUGUUCAGGCUUUUGCCGGUUUUGCCGACAGAAAGAUGUGGACGUAGUAUUGAUGCAGCCAAUGGAAUCUUUGAACGAGGUCAACGAGGUUGAUGGACCUCGCAAAGAUAUUCCGGCAGCUCUACCUGAGAUUUUGGCGAAAGGCGCCGCCCUACAGAACAGAAUUAAGAAGUUAAUCGAACGGUUCAAGGACCGCUUUUCGGAGGUUGACACCGCACCUAAGUUGCGCCCGUUGGUAUUGGGAACCGACACUGCUGAGAGCAAGCGCGCGAAUGAAGCACGGUUAAACAAGAUAAAAGCUGAUCGGGCUGAGGCUCGUCAGCUUCAGGAGGCUCGAGCCGCGGCGAAUAAGGCCCGGUUCGACAAUAAGCUAAGGGAGAAGGGCACCAUCCAGUCAUACAGGAUUGGGGAGACCGUCAAGCUUCGAAACGAGACUCAAACUAAGGGCCAGCCAAACUGGCAUGGUCCGUUCGAGGUGUUCGACGCAUUAGGAAAUAAUGUGUAUAAAAUUGUCAAUCCUACGGGCUCCGAGUUCCCUCAUCCAGUUAAUGGGAAUAGGCUACAGCCUGCCAAAACUAAGGACACGUCGCUGAUCCAACCGUGGGCGUUGCCGGCAAGGCUCCAGCCCCCGGCUGAUACAGCGGAUAAAUUUGAAACUAAGAAAGUAACAACUGAGGUCAAACAGUUAACUCGCGCGCAAAAGAAGGCGUUGAAAAUCAGGAUCAGAAUCCCUAAGGCAACAAGUGGAAUGAUCGCCGGCUAA